AAACAUUUCAUUUUCCAUGAAAUUUUGUUUUUUCCGAAGCAUGUUGACAUUCAACAUGGCGGCAUGUCGUCAGUGCUGUGCUGUGUCGUGCUUGUGUAACUAAGAAACACUCAAAAUUUAGAUUAGAAAAUUCAAAGUAACCCGAGUAUCAGCGUAACCACUGGCCUUGAAAUAUAACAAUUACGACAAAAAAUAUAAGUGAAAUUUUAAAGGAAAAAAUUUAAAAAUUAUGAGCAUAGCACAAUCCGCACCCAGCACGCAUUGAAGACAUCUGAGGAUUUUUUUAGUUUCAAAACCUUUCAGUUUUUCCAUUAAAUUUUGAGUGACUGUGGAUUGUUGUAGCGAGUUUCUCAUUUUUUUUUCUUUUUUUCAAAAUUUUUAUUUUGUUCCAUUUAAAUUAAAAAUAAAAAAAAUAAACGCAGUUUAUUCCAUAGCGAAAAAGUACAUAAAAAUUCAGUUUUUGUUUCCUAUUUGACGGACACUGUGUGUUGAUAAUAAUAUGUAAUAAAAAAAUUAGAUGAUGAGCCUGUUACGAUCAUGAUGUAUUAUUGUGAAUUUAAUGAAUUUUUUUUGUCGUCUUCUGGAUUCAAUUCAAGAGGAGUGAAUUAAAAAAGUUAAAUCAGCGGUUAUAUAUAUACAUAUAUAUUUAAAAGAAAGACGAAAAGAUAAUAAACUAAAACUUGGUUUACUUGAACAGACCUGUGUACUCUUUACACUGUGGGGGUAAAACGAAUAACUAGAAACGUUGUACCAUUUAUUUAUAAACCAUUCUGUGAUAUUCGAUACACUUAAGGACAAAGAAAACGUUUAAACAGAAAAAAGCAACAAAACAAAACCCAAGCAAGAUAAACACAAAGACGCAAAAGAUAAGAUCAAAGUUUUAGAGGAGUAUAACAUAGCAAAAUAGAAAUAGAUAAAGAAAAAUCUUUGUGUUUUCACAUGAGUAUGUCUACCAAUCCUCAGUGGAAAACGUUCCAGCCGCCCGACACUAUGAAUCAAGACUCUGCCAUCAUCGAUUUUAAAACUAUGACCUCAAAUGGUAAAUCCCCGGGAUUUAAUUUUAAUAACCGUUCCACUUCGACGUCACGUUUUGGAUCAGAUUUUCCUUCCUUACAAGAAAAAUCUUCCUCCUCAUUCAAUAGUGGCGGCCUCUACGGAUCUUCAAGCACGACAAACGCAUCUUCGGGUCGGUUUCCGAUUGGAACGUUUUCGCUCGAUUCGAACAACGUUUAUAACAGCAGCGGCGAUUCGCUAACGAACAGCAGCGUUUUUUCAAACGGAAAUAACACGAGCAGCAGUAGCUAUAACGAUUCGAAUUCGGCCAAUUUGGGUACAAGGGAAACCGGAAUCAUUGAGAAACUGUUACAUUCGUACGGUUUCAUUCAAUGUUGCGAGCGUCAGGCGAGACUUUUUUUUCACUUUAGUCAAUUUAGCGGAAAUAUUGAACAUUUAAAAAUCGGCGAUCCGGUUGAAUUCGAAAUGACUUAUGAUAGGAGAACCGGAAAACCGAUCGCCAGUGCUGUCACAAAAAUCGCACCUGAAGUUGUGAUGAGCGAAGAACGUGUAACUGGCACUGUAACGACUGAGUUAAGGGGAGAAGGUUCAAGCGGUGAUACUCAAGGUCGAAUAAGCUACGAAAAUCGCGGGGAGUGUUUUUUCUUACCUUACACAAAAGACGAUGUUGAAGGAAACGUUACACUACGUUCUGGGGAUAAAGUCAGUUUUCAAAUAGCCACAAAUAAUCGUGGAAACUUAGGCGCGUGUCAUGUACGUUUAGAAAACCCUGUUCAUCCGGUUAAGUAUCAGGGAGUGGUUUGUUCAAUGAAGGAGAGUUUUGGAUUCAUAGAACGUGCGGAUGUCGUUAAAGAAAUUUUUUUCCAUUUUUCCGAGGCCAAAACUAAGGAGGAAUUACACCUCGGCGACGACGUAGAAUUUAUAAUUCAAACGAGAAAUGGUAAAGAGGUCGCCUGUAACAUAAUGAGGCUUCCAUCGGGGACCGUUAUUUUUGAAGAUUUAAAUCCUGAUAUUAUUAAAGGACAAGUUUUGAAAACAUUGGAUAGGGGAAUGUCUCAAGCGAGACACCAAACGGAUGCUUUACCCGGUCGUAUAAGAUACAGAGCUCCAGAUCAUUCCGAAGUUGAAAUUUCUUUCGGCGAAAAAGACCAAAAAGGCGAUUUUACAUUACGGCACGGAGAUUGGGUUCAAUUUAAAAUAGCAACGGACAGAAGAGAUCAAUUGAAUCGAGCAACACAAAUCAUGUUAUUAGAAGAAAGCUUUAAAGUAUCCGGAGAAAGACGCGAACAAGGUGUCGUAGCUUCAGUAAAGGACGGUUUUGGUUUUCUCAAAUGCGUUGAACGCGAGCCACGCCUCUUUUUCCAUUUCAACGAACUGUUAGACGUGGAUCACGAGGCGCAAGUCGGCGAUGAAUUUGAGUUUACCGUCGUUCACGAUCAGAGUAGCUCGUUUGGUAAUAAUCGACAAAGCGCGAUUAGGAUGAAACUCCUACCGAUCAAUACUGUACAAUUCGAAACUAUGGUCGAAACUGACGUCACCGGAAUCGUUACCAAAGACAUCCCAAACAGUUGGGCAAGUCGUAGUCCAUCGAAAAACAAUCAAAACAACGGAAGUUUUAAUGGAAGCGGCGAACACAAUGUUGAAUGCGGUCUUAUUACGUAUCAAAUUAACGGUGGUGGAGGUGUUAAAAAAUCUGUUCCUUUUUAUUCCAAAGAUUGUGACGCAAGACAUUUUCCCAGACACGGUGAUAAGGUACAAUUUAAUAUUAAUCAAAUAAAACGUAACAAAGAAUACAUAGCAGUUGAUAUCCAAAUAAUACAACCAGCAGCGAUGGCGACAGCAACGUCUCCCGCGAAUGGCAUUUCAAAACAUAAUAGUUCUAGAUCUUCUUCUUCACAAAUACAACAAGGAUUUAUAGCGGCGCUUAAAGAUGGUUUUGGUUUUAUUGAAACGGUCGAUCACGACCGAGAAGUAUUUUUCCAUUUUAGUAAUUUUGAUGGUGACCCAAACAAUUUAGAACUUGGCCAAGAAGUUGAAUACAAUUUAGGAUUACGCGGUGGUAAUUCCGGUAGUUGUUCAUCAGCCGAAAACGUCCGAGUGGUAUCGAAAGGUACAAUAGAAUUACCGGCCAUUUCUGGUGAAUUAAUCGAAGGUUACGUGGUACGCCCCCUCCGCUCUGUGAAUCCGGAUCAAAGCGAAUAUUCCGGAUUAAUAAAAGUAAAAAUGGAAACGCCGGAUGAUGUGGACGUCGCGGAAUACGAAUUUGGUAUAAUGGGAUUGAUUAAUAAGCGCGAAUUGCUCCAAGUUGGUGACCACGUCCAAUUUCAAGUAGAUGCGACAGGAAGAGCGGCUAAUAUCGUUGCGGUUCGUAAGAAAUUGAGGGCGGCUGUCGAUGCGAUUAAGGGACAAUUUGGGUUUCUUGCCUAUGAGGUAGAGGAGGGAAAAAAAUUGUUUUUCCACGUUUCGGAGGUUAGGGAUAAAAUUGAAUUGAAUGUUGGCGAUCAGGUUGAGUUUGUUUUGGUUACAAAUCAACGAAGCGGAAAAUCAUCUGCUUGUAAUGUUGUAAAAGUCAAUGACGUAAUUCAAGCUAGACCUGAAAGGUUAAUUAGUAGACUUCGUACAAUUUCUUUGGACGAUGCUGGUCCAAGGGUAAUCGUGGUUCGUCCUCCAAAAGGUCCAGAUGGUACUAAAGGCUUUUCAUUAGAAAUGCGUAACGUUCGACCCGCAGGGUACGUAACUGGAGAGUAAAGAAAAAUAAAUAAUUCAUCUACACAGACCAGACCACCAUGAAGAAGACAAAAAGUCAAGUCAUUUUUAUCAUUAUUGUGACUAGUAAAAGAAUAACUUAAAACUACUCUAUCGUCUUAGCAACAAUGGAGUUGGAACUACUAUAUAUAUUGUAUUUUAUAAGUCUAUUACCUUUGAUUGAACAAUAUAUAUGAAUAUAAUAAAUUAUAAAUUAUUGAUCGAUUUGAAGAAAAAAUCGCAAAAAUCGAGUUGUUAAACGUAAAAGUAAUAAUAAAUGAUAAUUAGGGUGAGAGGCAUAGCUCUUUUGGUUGUAAAACACACAGACACAAAAAAAAAACCAACACUACAGACGGAAACAAUUUAAAUUAGUAUCAGUAGAUGAUGUUUAUAUGUGGUUUGAUCUGAAUUAAAAAAAAUAAUGUCAAGUAUUCUAUGUUUAAUAAAAAAAUGUGUAAUUGUCAAUACAACCAACUCAAAUCAUGCUAAAAAUAAAAUUAUGUUUUUUUUAUUGAACAUACGUUACUUGUCCUGCUUAAAUAA